AUGCCUCCCCUGCCUCGCAGGAAGACGCGCUCGACCCAGCUGUCCUCACUCCGGCUGCCCAGCGUCCAGAGCGGCAGCAGCAGCAGCGAAGGCCGGGGACAUGCCCCGCUGCGCCGGGGGGCCUCCCGUUCCUCCCAUCGGAUGGCCUCGCAGGGCGUCACUGCAGCCGCGGCCCAGAGACCGCGCUCCUGCUGCUCGGCGACCAGGAGACCCCGCUCGGCGGACAGGUCGCGGCCGCCGGACAGCGGCGCUUCGCCAGCGGCAGCCGUCGGCGACUUCGACGACGAGGAGAACCGCUUGCCGGCGCUGCUGCUCCCGCAGACCCGGCCGCUGUCGUCGGCUGUUGGCCGGGGGGCGCAGCCCCACGGCAACCACCAGGGGGACGGACGCAGACAGCGAUCGAGGAGCAUCGAGUCUCAGGAGCUGACUCUCAUUCCUCUUCCACGAGAAGAAGUGCAUAAAAAUUCAUCGUCCGGCCAAGAAGCCAAAGGACCCAACCAUGCGUCGGGAAGCCACAGCGAGCUGUCGGCGGUUCCAAACGGCGAGGACGGCAUCCCCAGCUUUCCCGAGAAGAAGAACGGCACCUCCACGAGCCUGCUCUCCCACAAGGUGGACAGGCUCGAGCGCGAGCUCGAGUCGACGUCCGACCUGCUGCGCCAGGCCAACCGCGAGCUGGCGCGCCGCGAGGCCUCGCUCGCCCAGCUGGGACGCCACAACGAGCGGCUGCGAGGACGGGUCGCGCGGCUCGAGUCCGACGUGGCCGUGUACAGGGCGGCCUCCUCCGCGGCCGCCUCGUCCUCCUCGUCCGGCGAGGAAGACGCUACGGCGGGCGCCGUCGACGGCUCUGCGGCCGCCGCCGACUUGCCGCGCUCCUCGACCCGUUGCUGCUCCGCCAGGGAGAGGGAACUCUUGCGAACCCUGGCCGGCAUCUACGACAAGAUAACGAGGACGGACGCUCGCAAGAGCGCCGCCAGCGGCGAUAAGUGUGACGUGAGCUCGUGCGGCAAGAAUCACCGGCACGCGGACGCGGGUCGCUCGCUCCCGGAAGCCCGCGUCCUGGAGCAGGUGUUCUCAAACUUUUGGCAGGAGUACCGGAGCAUGAGCGGAGAACUGGAGGGUUGCAAGCAGGUCAUGGCCAACCAGGAGCUCAGGAUGCGCUACCUCGAGGCGCAGGUCGACGCUGCCAACAGAGUCAAGACCAGCGACUUCUUCAAGGCUGACGUGAUAAAGAAGGACGCGACGAGCGGUGCAGUGGGGAGCGUGGGUGGUGGUGGUGGUGAAACUUGUGAUCUUGUGCUGAACGGCGGUGAUGCAUGCUUGGAAACCGUGGCUUGCUGCACCGCGGUGGCCAACGUCGAGAGGCGAGUGGCGGAGGAGAGCCACCUGCUGGCGCGCCUCAGCCGCCUGCAGCUGGACAACAGCAGGCUGCAGGUCCUCAACAGGGAGGCCCUGACAAGGGAAGCGGCCGUCAAGAAGGAACUGCAGAGGGUGCAGAACAAGCUGUCAAGCUUCAAGACGGACUUGGCGCGCGCUACAAAGAAGAUCCUGGGCCGAGAAUCUAGCUGCACGUUUCCAGCCGAGGUGUCGCUGCGAAUCCUGCUGGAGGAACUGGUGUCCCUCCGGCGUGAAAAUGGCCGACUGCAGAUGGUGCACCAAGACGAGGUACAUCAUCGUCAGCAGCAACAUAAUCAUCAUCAGCAGCAGCAGCAGAAGCCCAAGGACCCCGCUAAAGACACGGCUGGUGGUCGCGGUCUUCAGCCGGUUCCCGAGGAAUCUGCGGCCAACGGUACGGCGGCUGACGCACACCCGGAUGCUGCUGCCGCUUCGGUGAAUCCAUCGGAGCAGUGUGUCAAAAAUUCCGACGGAACCUAUACGAACAACGGAAAUGCCAUCGCGGACCGUCGUCUCCGAAGGUGGUUCUCUGAGGACGCAACGGCAGAGCGACAUCCACCUGACAAUGUCCCCGAGAAGGAGUACCGCAUUUGGUUUCCUCGCACCGAGGUCUCCGACGAAGACCCCACAGGCCGUGCUUCGAGCGACUGGCGAACCUUCCGGGAGUACCGCUACACUGAGUGCUCCCGGGCCGGUCGGCUGGAGAAGACCCUGUCUGUGGAUGAAGUCUUCAACAGCAAUGACUCUCCUCGGACUACCGCCGUUCAUCCACCCACGUCGGCAUUCCACUGCGUCUCUUGCUCGAACAGCGACGAGGUCGAGGGAGGCCCGUUGGACGUGGCAGGAGAAGAACGCUGCAGGAUGCUGUCAUCGACCAAGAGCGAACUCUACAGGGAGCACCGUAGUCAGCUGCUCUCGCGGUUGGAAGAUGACGUCACCUCUCCGUGGGAAGCGUCGUCGCUGAAGACCGACAAGAAGCCAAAACUUUCCGAAGCCUCAGCGGAUACGGGCUCGGAAAAGGAAGCGCGGACGUCAGUGUGCCAAACGAGCUCCAAGAAGUUUGCCUUCGAUGACGACAAUUCCAAGACGAGUAGUUCGGACAUUCCGAGCUGGAACGAGGGAGGGCUGGCAUCGGCACCAGCGCCGAGGUCUCUAUCGGGCAACGAGAACGGGAGCAACAGUCAUCAGGCUGUAAGCGCCGGCCCACAGGACGCAAGCCUCGUGUCCGAGGACGACGACUUUGACGACUCCAAGUGCACUUACGUGAAGGUGGAUAGCGUGGACUCGGAAGUGGAGGACGAAACCGGCGUGGGUAGAGAAACUGUGAUAGGGGCACCGUCGAUCGAUGAUUUGGGAUACAUAGCAGAGGAACCUGAAGACGAUGUGGAAGAGACCACUCGAGAUCUUGGGAAUCAAACCUCAUCUGCCAAUACGACGCAUGAAGCUGCUGAGUCUGAAAGGAGCUGCAUGAUGUCUUCAACUGCAGAAACCAGUCACCAGGCACCACUGUCUUCGAAGUUGGGUGUCAAAGAAGCAUUCAAGGAAGCUGGUGAAAGAGGAAACGAUUUGAAAUUUAACGAAAGCACUUUGGACACAGCUGUACACUUGGCUACUGACGUGAAUACGCUAGUAGGUGGAAAGUCUCUGGAGUGCCAUAGUGAUGAAUCAAAAAGCGUGGAGCAAAAUGCUAAGCAAAUUAGCCAUGAUCACAAUGAGCAGAAAGAUAUUGUUGAAGCAGCACUACAUCAUGGUGACUUGUCUGACACAGAAACAAAUGAAAGUGAUACCAAAUCUGAGGAAUCUGUUAUUACAGUGAAAAGCGAGGCAACACUUUUGCCAACUACAAGGGACCAAAGCAUUGACGAGGGGCUUGCAGACACUGUCACUAGAUCUGCGAACGAAAAAGAAAACGGUUUAGACACUGGCGAAACAUUUAUUACCGGCGAGAGCAAGUAACCCAGAACCGGCUUCGGGCGGAACUGUCGACAUAAGUGUGUCCAGUGACAUUGUGAAUUCACAAGAAAAACUUGGCGAGGAUAAUGAGGGUAUUACAUUACUUGCGAACGUCAAAGAAGACCUACAAAAAACUUCGGAAAAUGUGUCAGUCCUUGUUAGCGAAUGUUCCUCUAACAGUGGCACAUCUCAUUUUGGAACAUCCAUCGUCGACAACAAAAGCGUACAACUGACUAAGGACGUAAUAGAAUUUCAAGAAACUGAAUAUUCUCGCAAAGACGUAAGCGAAAGUCUGGAUCAUGCAGUACAUGAGAGUGGGCAGCUGUUCAGUGAAACAAAUGCUUGGCACCGUGAAGAGACAGAAAUGCUUCUAGAGAGCCAAGAGUUGACAAAAAACGCAUCUGCGCAUAUUAAUGAUAUCAGUGACCACAUGGAGAAAAUGCUACACACUACUUCAGCCAAUGUCACGAAUUUACUGUCAUCAAAAUGCACAUUUGACAGUGAAACGGGGUCUAAUGAUGAAGUUGACAAGCGGCAGCACGCAGGAAACCACAUGUGAACGUGGUCAAAACGAUGCCCCAGAAAGCAUGAAUGAAGGUUCAAAAGGUGCAUCAAAUAAAGUGUCUGGGCUGAAAGAGGGCGACUUCUUGCAGUUUCUUAAAGGAGGAAC